AUGGGGGCAGACAAGUGGAACGACACUUACUACCCCACCGCCUCUGACGCCGCCAACGUGCACAAGCAGUGGUACAUCAUCGAUGCAGAGGGCCAGACCCUGGGGCGUGUGGCCUCACUGGCCGCCUUCUACAUCCGCGGCAAGCACAUGCCCAGCUACUCGCCAUCCAUGAACAUGGGCGGCUAUGUGGUGAUUAUCAACGCCGACAAGGUGUCGGUGACGGGGCGCAAGGAGACUGACAAGACGUACUUCCGCCACACCAACGGCCGCCCCGGCGGCUGGCGCGUGGAGACGCUGCGCGACCUGCGGCAACGCCUGCCCGAGCGCAUUCUGGAGAAGUGUGUGAAGGGGAUGCUGCCCAAGGGGCGCAUCGCCAGCCCGCUGUUCAACCACCUCAAGGUGUACAAGGGCACGGCGCACCCUCAUGAGGCGCAGCGCCCGCUGGACAUCACCUCCCGCAUCAGCAAGAAGGCCUCGGAGGCGCUCUGA